CAGACACUACAACUAGAGUAGUGAAGGGACAAGCCACAAUCUAUCAUCCUUAUUAUAAUCGAAUAUUCAUUUUGAGUUCAACUGAUUGUACACUGCAAGCCAGACAGUAUGCCUUUGGUUGACUAUGGAGCUUCGUCCGACUCCGAUUCGGAUGCUGCGGCCUCAGAUCCAGUGAUGAAAAGUACCACUGAUAAGAAAGGAAAACGAACCUUCACGGUGGCUUUACCUCAUGCGGCAGACUCUGACUCCGAUGAUGGUGCACCCAAGGUCAAGUUCAUAAAGAAACCCAAGUUUGAUUCCAGCGGUGGCCUGUUCUCCAUGCUGCCUGCCCCCAAGAGUGAUCCCUUCAAGUCGAUGGGGUCUCAAACCCAGCAGGUCUCAUCUGAAACAACCAGCGCCGUUGACAAUAGCGCAAAGUCAGUACCAGUACCUGUCAAGGCCAACAACAUGGUACCGAUGGCAUUGAGCAGAAAGAAGAAGGCGCAGCAAAAGGAAGCCGAAAGUGAUGGCGAGAACGAUGGCACUGACUUUUUGGCAUCGCUUGCGCAGCCGACGGCCUAUGCGGACGAGCCAGACGAGGGUCCCUCGCUCCCCGAUGGAGACGAUGUCGUGGGUGCAUAUCCAGGGUCAUAUCCGGCCGACGAUUCCGAGGAUGUCGCGGGAGCAUAUGGCGACGAUGACGUUACAGGCGCGUAUGGAGAUGGUGAUGUCACAGGCGAGUAUGGAGAGAGUGCUGUCACAGCGGCAUAUGGCAAUGGGGUAACAGCCGUACCACCACCACAGCAGAGGUCUUCUGCUAUGCAUGCGGAAGCGUUCCGUCACUUGGAGGGCAGAGGCCACAGGCGGACUGACUUUCCCGCAGACAUGAAUAUCAUAGACGUGAACGCUAGCAGCGUGGCCGGUGACACCGAUCGAUGGGCCAACGACUACAACACCAGCCAGCCGGAGACGCCCAUGGUGUCGCUUGCGGAGAUGAAUGCUGACGCGCGGAACAAGGGCAAGACGAAGCAGAAGAAUCAGAUCACACAUCUUGCGGCCCAUGCCAAAGCUAACAAACAGCAACUGGAAGCAAGAUGGGCUAGUCAGCGCGGGGCAAUGCAGGGGCAAUCGAAAAAGUACGGGUUCUGAGGGUUACCUGGCUGCCUGCUUCGCGUGCUUUCGUAUCGAAGCACACCCACCUCCGCUAUGGAGUCACUCUCAUGCACACACGACGCGUACUUUGUCAUAUGCUAUACGGAAUUAUCCCAGAUACACGAGAAGGAUAGCUCAAGUUUGCCGCAGUAAUCGGCGCAUGUGUAGGGCAGUGUGCUGGGCUAUUAAGCACGCACUUGCUUCUUUAUAGUGUUUGAGGACAUGGGCAUCCCGUUGGUCGGUUUCUGGGGCAACAAACCUUGCCGACGGCUUCACGUGGACUUGUGGAAUGUGUCAUUGUGCAUAUACUGUUCCAACAUACUAGAGCAUUGAGGUAGCAGGGUGAAGGACAGAGGGUUGCAGCUACUGCUAAUUGGCAAGUCUUGUUUGCAGUAGGCUUGAAACACUCGCAAACAUUCUCAAUCUAAAUGCAAAUGAAAUCAGCGCAGCGUCAUGCUCAUGUGCAAGGCCUGAAUCUAUUAUAUAUACAUACCACAUAUACAUACCACAUUGCCCUGCAAACGGAGUUGAGAUAUGUUGUUUGGUUACAGGAAUUUACCACAUGCAGUUAGCAUCGAUUGCUGCAACAGGACACCCUCGUCAAGGAUGAUGAAGUCUAACAUCGGUCACGACCUGCACACAGACACGACAUUGAACUCAGACGGCACUCGGUAGGAAAUAAUAGAGUGGCUGUGUGCACAUCGCAAAUCAUGUGGAAACACUCAGCGGUGCUGUAAACCAAACUGCAACGAUCUCCGCACGCGCUAUCGCUUACAAUAAUGACCAUGCAAUCUCCGACGAUUGGUGCUAUUCAAUCAAGGCCUGCUUAGGCGAGUAGUCCUCCUACAGAAUAUCACCGAAAGCUUGAGGCAUGGUAACUUGUUAUAACUCGUCAGUUUUGACGCGGUGGCAUCUUGCCAUUAAUAGAAGUGUGCGAUGUACAUUAUAUUUUGGUACCACGGCAAAGGAAGUACCGGAAUGGUGCCUGUCGCUUCUGUGGCGACAGGCACCGGUUGAAUUCUGCCUUCGCGGAACCCCCGCUAUUUAAUAUGCGGAAGCUGAGCUUUUACGCGUUGUUGGCUGUGCUAUUCUCGGACGCGACCGUGCCUGACAUACAGUAAGUGACAUAACAAUAAAGGCUCUGAAGGCAUUGACCAAUACCAAGCAGGCAAGCGCCAGCUGUACUGUUUGAGCAUACUUGGCAUACGGGUUAAGAUAUCGCCAUUGUACGUUGGAGACGGAAGUCACCCUGAACCUUGUACGAGAUAACAGUUAGUACUAAAACCUUACCAAUUGAGACGCGAGAAAAC